GGAGUGCCCUGAGAGAGUAUAGAGAUUAUUUCAUUUUCUUCUGGGCAGCCAGGCCCAACAAGAGGUGCCUGAAGUCAACAAAAUGAGGACCGUCGCAUUUCUGUGGAUCAUUUUGGCACGUCUUCCUCUGGGAAGCACCAUACUUGCUUCGACCCAUCACGCCACUGUCAAUGGAAAUGCCCGCGGAGCGCCUUGUGUUUUCCCCUUUGACCUCUGGGGCACGCCUCACCACGGCUGCUCCGGCGCGUACCACCACUCCCACUGGUGCUCCACCACGCACACGUACGAGGACGACCGGCUGUGGGGAGAGUGCCCAGACUACGAUGUCUGUGAUAUUCACAACGUCGUCGAUGACCCGUGGCGCAACGUCGGCUUCACGUCCACCUUCCCCAGCUGGCCCAGAACGGACGACGCCCUGGCAGAGGGCUGGUACCGCUUCGCUGGCGUCGGCGGCGACGCCCUGUUCGAGGGCUGCCCCGAUUCUGGCGCUGGUGGAACCAAAUACCCGUUGUCGCUCUGCGGUGGGGACGCCCACCCCGGCCUGGCGGACGGUGUCAGAGCCAUGAGUUUGUGUUCCCCUGACAACUGCCGGGGGGACGAGGAAGUGAACGUGCUGGCCUGUCCCGAAGGGUUCUACCUCUACUAUCUCUACCCUACGAGCAAAAGCUUCGUCACUCGUCAUAGGUCGUGUAAUGAGACGGUCUGUGGCGUGAACGCUCGGUGUGAGGACGGCAGUGGUGCCUGUGUGUGCAGCCCUGGUUAUGAGAUUCCUGCAGGGACUCUACCAACAGGAGACUCCUAUGGGUGUGCAGAUAUACAUGAGUGUGCACGAGACAGUUCUUUGUGUGGACCCAAUGCCCUCUGCAGCAACACCAAUGGGAGCUUUAGCUGUGUCUGUAACAAGGGAUACCAGAAGCCUCCUGGAGUGACCAUCACUGAUGCUUCAAAGCCAUGCCAAGGCUCGUUCCCACUGAUCUAA